UCAGAAACAGUCAAUAAAGACACGCAGUUAGAAAAAAAUAAUAUUUAUAGUAAUGAGUGAUACGUCCAUCUCCACAUUAAACCAAUUUUGCUUAUAUUCGAUUUUCGAGCAAAUACAAAAGAACUGUGAAAAAGAUCAAAGAAACAUUCCAGACAUAAUUCGGUACAAGGAUAUCAUUUAUUUAGCUAUAACUAAUGACCAGUUUCAUUCACUAUUUCGGUGUUGGAAUCGGCGCCUGUACGAACGACUUGAAGUCGCGAAAGUUUAUUCGUGGACCUGUCAAGUUCUAAGCAUUAACUUUUAUGAGCUCCAAAUCAGCCAAAUGAAAAGCACUACAGCUGCGAGGGAAGCAUUCUGGGACAUAUUUAUAACAGCUCUUAGUGAUAAUUCGAGAGUCAGGGAAUGCUUCCUGUCUUACAAGCCGAUGUCGUACUGUGCAGAUCAUGUGGAAAGAUUUGAAUUGACCAUGCGAGUUCUGCAAAAGAAGAAAAGCUUAAUUAAAUUAGCUCUUCAAAUGUUAAGUUACACGCCUGAACAUCUCGGAAACUUUCGUAACUUGCAGAGUCUUUUGUUGGAUGUGCAAAUGGAUGCCGAUGAUCUAAAGGAAUGCCUAAAAUCGAAUCCGAAUAUUAUCGAACUUGAAUUUGCAAGCACUGUUAUUUACGGCAGAUUAGCUGAUAUAACACCAUACUGCUGGAACUUGGAAAGGUUGACUUUUCAUAUAAAACCGGAAACGAAUGCCAAUGAAUACGGACCGCUGACAAAAUUACCAAAACUCAAGGCAUUGUCCAUAUUCGGAUAUCCAAAAGUGGGUUCUCUGAAAACGCUUUUUAGUGAAAUGGUUUCGAAUCAGUUAUCUGUUUUGCAAGAGUUGUCGGUGCAGCAGGCAAUGCUCGAACCAGCAGCAGUCGAGGCAUUGUCAAAAAUGAACUCUCUACACAGACUAAGGUGCGAACUAGAGCCUACUCGUUCACUAGAGAGUCCUGGUUUAAUUGAGUUGCCAACUAUUUGUGCCAUAAGCCUUGAAAUGGAGUCGUCGGAGGACAUUAGCCUCGACUAUAGCAAUUUUGAUAUUUUGGUCAAUAGGGGAAAACUCGCACUAGUUGUCAAGAAAAAUAGAGAUAAGGAUUUUAUAUUAAAUAUGCUACUAAGGUUGAAUAAUUGGCACAACAAUUGCAAAAACCAACCCAACCCAUUGUUGUUCGAAAAACAAAAGUUAAUGAGAGAAUUUCUUCAGAUCAAUGUAAUAAAUGAACCUAAGCGUAUUGAAAAAAUAGUAGCUAUUUCUUUGCUAGAAGCCUUUCAAUCACAAUUUUCAAUUCAUGUGAAUAAUAUACACCUCUUGACCAAAAUCAAAGAGCUUAAGCAACUUGAGGUGAAAGUCAAGCUCAAUAUAGAAGAAGAACUUAGGCAAUUGAUUGUAACAAACGAAUUUUUUUGUGUGGGAGACAUUGAAAAGGAAAUUGUGCUUGAACCCGAAACCCAAGAAAUUAUUGCUCUUGCCCAGCUUACAUAUCUCAAGGAAAUCUUGGGACAUUCAAAGUUUUCGAAAAUUGAAAAUGAUAUUGCCAUUAGGAACUAUGAGUUGGAGCUCAAUUUUGAUAUCCGACCUUAAAGAUGGCAGACACAUAUCAGGGGAUGGAAAAAUAUAUCAUCCUCAUACCCUCAGAAGCUGAUCAAAAAUACCUUUACUUUAAAUUCAAAAUUUAUGAAAUAAAUUUUAAAAUGUUUUGCCUGACAAAUAUAUACAUAGUAUAAAUAUAAACCAAAUAGUUUGUGAACAUUUUUAAUAACUAAUAAUUGUUUAUAUUAAAUAUUAUUAAUGUAA